UUCUCACCGAACCUUCUCCAGGGAGGAACUGAUAGUCAUCUCUGAAUUAUGCCCAACCUGAGCGUCAAGGGCCUGUUGGAAAGCUUGGAUCAUUUGAGCAGAAAUAUUGGAAAGUGGUAAAAACCGUCCUUCAGGAUUGAAGCUAGUGGUUUGAGUCUCAUUUCCUUAGCCACUCUGAAGAUGUUCCCGGGACAGAAGCUUGCUCAGGGCUCUGGGCGACGCGCGCGAGGGGCGGCGGGGUGGGGCGUGCACGCGCCUCCUCCGCGCGCCGAGGCGGGGGCUCAGGCCAUCGCUGGUUUGGCCUCUCGAGCAGAGUUGCGAGGAGCCGCCCGAUCGCGGGGCAGCGGCCCCAUCUCUAUUUCCUUUGACAGAAACUGCGUGUUGCCUGACGCCCGUGGGUGUUCUCAGGGCAGCUGCGAAGUUUGCCUGCCUUCUGACUGACUGCACGCCUGCUGGUGCCUCGGGGCAGGGUGGCGGGUGGCGGGGGAGGAGUAACCAAGUUUCACUUCCUUGCCGGUGGGGACUCAGCCCAGUGGCUGCUCUGCGGGGAGAGCUGUGGAGCAGGGCCUCCGUCGCCCCGUGCCACAGCGCCCGCCGGGCCUGGCGGACAGGAGGAGCGCGAAUGGGCAGAGCGGAAUCUCUGAAAGGGAAGAUGAGCUCCCAGGACCCUUCAGACCUGUGGAGCAGAUCGGACGGAGAGACUGAGCUGCUCCAGGACCUGGGGUGGUACCACAGCAACCUCACACGGCACGCGGCCGAGGCGCUCCUCCUCUCCAACGGGUGCGACGGCAGCUACCUUCUGAGGGACAGCAACGAAAGGAUCGGGCUGUACUCUCUCUCUGUGAGAGCCAAAGACUCUGUCAAACACUUUCAUGUUGAAUAUACCGGAUAUUCAUUUAAAUUUGGCUUUAACGAAUUCUCAUCUUUGAAGGAUUUUGUCAAGCAUUUUGCAAAUCAGCCUUUGAUUGGAAGCGAGACAGGCACGCUGAUUGUUCUGAAACAUCCCUAUCCCAGAGAAGUGGAAGAACCUUCCAUUUAUGAGUCCGUCCGGGUUCACACAGCGAUGCAGACAGGAAGAACAGAAGAUGACCUGGUGCCCACUGCGCCUUCUCUGGGCACCAAGGAAGGGUACCUCACCAAACAGGGGGGCCUGGUCAAGACCUGGAAAACAAGAUGGUUCACUUUGCACAGGAAUGAACUGAAGUACUUCAAAGACCAGAUGUCACCAGAACCAAUUCGGAUCCUAGACUUAACAGAAUGUUCAGCUGUACAAUUUGAUUAUUCACAAGAAAGAGUAAACUGUUUUUGCUUAGUAUUUCCAUUCAGGACAUUUUAUCUCUGUGCAAAGACAGGAGUAGAAGCUGAUGAGUGGAUCAAGAUAUUACGCUGGAAAUUGUCUCAAAUAAGAAAACAACUUGACCAACGGGAAGGCACCAUCCGAUCUCGGUCCUUCAUCUUUAAAUAGAUCUUUCUUGAUGACGGAUGCCCUGGCCCAGGAGCAGCGUGGGAUGCUCCCUGAUGCUGUGAUCCAUAGCAGGCUCCAGCCAAGCUGACUAAGGAUUUUUCUUUACAAACAAAUCAAAAGCAGAUGCUGAUUUGGACCUUU